UCUCUCCCCCCCCCUUCCCCUCGGAUUCCGGCUGCCAUCUCCUGCGCCCCGUCGCUCUGAGGCGUCCGCCCGGCUCCCCUUUUGCGCGCGGCGACCCUCUUUUCCUCCCCCUCCCCGGCCAGCAGGGCGCUCGCCGCCGUUCUCGUCGUCGUCGCUGCUGCUGCUGCUCCGGGCCAGAGGAUGGCCACUGCUCGGAGCGCCUCUUCAUCGCCUUCGCUCCCGGCUGCGGCAGCGCGGAGGGCCGCCCGUGGCGGGAAGUGACCGAGGGAGGCGCGCCGAGGAGCCGAGCGAGCGAGCGAGAGAGAGCAAGAGAGGCUGCGGCGAGGCAGAGGGAGGAGGAGGAGACGCCGCCUUCGCCUUCGCGGGGCUGUGUCGGGACUGGCCCCCCUCGACGGGCUGCCGCCGCUCGGCCAUGGAGACGGCGGAGAAGGAGUGCGGGGCGCUGGGCGGCCUCUUCCAAGCCAUCGUCAACGACAUGAAGAGCUCCUACCCCAUCUGGGAAGAUUUCAACUCCAAGGCAACUAAACUCCACUCCCAACUGCGGACUACUGUCCUGGCUGCAGUGGCCUUCCUGGAUGCCUUCCAGAAAGUGGCAGACAUGGCCACCAACACACGAGGAGCCACGAGGGACAUCGGCUCCGCACUAACCCGGAUGUGUAUGCGGCACCGCAGUAUUGAGACCAAGCUGAGGCAAUUUACCAACGCCCUGAUGGAGAGCCUGAUUAACCCCCUGCAGGAUCGGAUAGAGGACUGGAAGAAGACUGCUAACCAGCUUGACAAAGAUCACGCAAAAGAAUACAAACGAGCCCGCCAUGAGAUAAAGAAGAAGUCCUCUGACACACUGAAGCUUCAGAAGAAAGCCCGCAAAGAGCUACUUGGUAAAGGGGACCUGCAGCCUCAACUGGACAAUGCACUCCAAGAUGUCAAUGACAUGUACCUUCUUUUGGAAGAAACGGAGAAACAGGCUGUCCGCAAGGCACUCAUUGAGGAGCGAGGGCGGUUCUGCACCUUCAUCGCUUAUUUGCAACCUGUGGUGAAUGGAGAGAUCACCAUGCUGGGAGAGAUCACCCACCUGCAGGGCAUCAUUGACGACCUGGUGGUCCUGACAGCUGACCCCCACAAAUUGCCAUCGGCCAGUGAACAGGUGAUCAAAGAUUUGAAGGGCUCUGAUUAUAGCUGGUCUUACCAGACCCCGCCGUCCUCUCCCAGCAGCUCUGGGUCCCGCAAAUCCAGCAUGUGCAGCCUGGCACAGCCCGUCAAUGCCAACACCCGCCUGUCCAGCGUCUCAUCGCAUGACUCUGGCUUCAUCUCCCAGGACGCCAUGUUCUCCAAGCCACCUUCGCCAAUGCCCUCGGACCUCACCAGUCAGAAGUCCUCCAGCUCCGCAUCGUCCGAGGCCUCAGAAACCUGCCAGUCUGUUAGCGAAUGCAACUCCCCGACCUCGUGGAAACCCCUGAAUGUAGCUCAUGUGGCCAGGACUGAAGGAAGCUCCAGAAGAAGCCUUAGCCUGGAUUGGUCCAAGGCUAGCCUCUAUGAACAGCCGGUGGCAAGCACACUGCAGCGAAGGAAGGACCGCGUAGAGCAUCUCCGUGAAGCUGAGCUGGGCUCCACCAGCCUGGUAUACCCAGGAAUCAGCUUGGAGGAAGGCUCCAGGCCCCGCAUGUCCCCGGCCUCCAUUGCUGCCAAGCAUGGGGAGGAGGUGUCCCCAGCCGCAAGUGACCUGGCCAUGGUGCUGACCCGAGGCCUGAGUCUUGAGCACCAGAAGAGUAGCCGGGACUCCCUGCAGUACUCCAGUGGCUACAGCACACAAACCACCACUCCUUCCUGCUCUGAGGACACCAUCCCCUCGCAAGGCUCAGAUUACGACUGCUAUUCCGUGAACGGCGACAUGGAAGGGGAGAGCCAGAGCGAAUUCGACAAAUCCUCGACUAUCCCUCGCAACAGCAACAUCGCCCAGAAUUACCGGCGCAUGAUCCAGACCAAGCGGCCUGCUUCUACUGCUGGCCUGCCCACCGGCACUGCCCUGCCCACCGGCGCCACACCAGGGGUGGCCACCAUCCGCCGCACACCUUCCACCAAGCCCACGGUACGCCGAACCCUCUCCAACGCCGGCCCCAUUCCCAUCAGACCCCCCAUCGUCCCUGUCAAGACGCCAACAGUGCCUGACUCCCCUGGGUACACCGGCCCCACCCGGGUGGGCAGCGAGGAAUGUGUGUUCUACACUGACGAUGCCUCACCAAGCGCCAUGGACUUUGCCAAAGCCUCGCCCAAGAGGCUGAGCCUGCCAAACACCGCCUGGGGCAGCAAUGUGAUGGAGAUCUCUGUGUACGCCGGGAAGCACCUCUCCACCGAGGAGGAGGAGCAGCAGCUGGCAGCCAACCGGCACAGCCUAGUGGAGAAGAUUGGGGAGCUGGUAGCCAGUGCCCAUGCCCUUGGCGAGGGCCAGUUUCCCUUCCCCACAGGGGUCUCUGCCCUCGGUCCCGGGGAAGAGACACCCACUCCUCCCCCGGCGGCCUCCAGUGACCCUCCGGCGGAAGACAUGCUGGUGGCCAUCCGGCGUGGGGUGCGCCUUCGCAGGACCAUCACCAAUGACAGGUCGGCGCCCCGGUUUUUGUGAUGGACUCUUCCCCAGCGCCUGCUCAGUGCCCACCCGGUGGCUGGAGAGUAACCAGAGUCAGGACUAAACCAGGGGAAAUGGAAGAGAAGUAAACGAACCACAAAAGGCAAAGCCACUUUAUGGAGAUCGUGUCAGAGUCUAGAUAUAAAGGAGACUAAUCUAUAUGCCUUUGCUAACAAACAUGCACAGGCACAGCCUGGCACUGAACUGGUUUUGGAGCCUCUUUUAUACACAUUGUUUUUCCAUCUGCUGCCCUGCCCAGGUUUCCUUUCCCCUCCUGCACCUUCCUUCAUCCUGGCCUGCAGAGAGACCGGUUUGCUGCUGCUGCCGCCACAAGGAGGGAGGCCAUUCCCUUGCUCCAUGAUUGUCAGGGAGGAGUGAAAACCUGAACUGGAUCUAGCAACUACAGUGUUCUUAGUAUAAACUACACACAUACCCCGACACACUUGCACAUGGCAAAGAAAUGGAGGCUGCCGUUCCUAGAGAGCACCCACCUCCUCCGGACAAAAAAAAUGCACUGUUAGUCCUGUGCUGAAUCCUUCCUUCACAGCUCUCUGUCUGUCUGUCUGUCUGUCUUUCCAGUUAUUUUCUGUUUGCCAUCUGUUUGUAUCAGCUACUUCAAGAAAGACUUUACAAGCAGCAGUUAUCACCCCCGUGAUCAAUCCCGAAAGCCUCUCGUGUUCCCAGGUGGAUCCCAAAUGUGCAGCUGGAGGAGAGGGUGCAAGGCAAGGGGCAGGGAGCGGACAACCUGCAGGCAUGUCACCAGGCAGGAGGGCCCAAUCCCCCCCAACAAGAGGCUGAGUCACAGCCACAGACUUAUUGGCCUCUGUUUCCUCCGUGGCUCUACUGGGAGCAGAGUGGGCAGGUUGGUAAUAUUCAGGAAGAGGAGUGCACUCUCGUCCCAAGGGGGGUAGGAGCUCUGUAAUCUGAGAGGCCGAGGGUUGGGAUGCUGUUGACCUGCCCUCAGUGCCACUUCAGGACCGGGUUUGAACCUUUUGGUAAGAGCAGUGGCCAUGGUUCUCCCUUGAGGUGGGUGGGAGGGAGCAGAAUUGGCAGUGAUGGAAAGGUGAAGGUGGACAGCUGUUGCUCUGGAAUAGCUGUAGCUAAGUGGAUAUAGGGGCAAAAGAAGCCUUUUUGUGGAUGGUAGUGGAGGACUUUGGUAAUUGAGGCCUUAGAGGGUUUUGAAAGCAGGGUGUGUGCAAAGACCAAGGGUGUCUGCUCUUGAAUUCUCCUACAACCAUCUGGCAAGGCCAAAGGUUGUCAAACUGAUGUUCACAGGUUCUGGUGUCACUGGAAAGGCUGUAGCGGAGUGGUAGAGCACCUGCUUGGCAUGCAGAAGGUCCCAGGCUCAACUGUUGGCAUCUCCAGAUAAGAAUAGGAAAGAUCUUUGUUGUGGGAGGCUGCUGCCAAGCAGUGUUAGGCAAGGCUGAGUUAGGUGGAGUGCUGGGUCUGGGGCAGUGUCCUCUGCCUUUUCCAAUGUAAGCCUGUUUUGGCCAGGUAUGGGUAUGGUUAUGACUAAACCUGUGAGUGUGUGGCAGGGUGCCUCUUCUAACAGCAUCAAAAGGGCCCCCAUUUUGACAAUAUUGGGUGGAUACUUUGAAAAGGGUAAAAAGUAUCUGCAGAGAGGGAAAUAGCUGAACCAACCCUCUUGGUUGGUUCGUUUACCUUUGGCGAUGUUGCUGCUGCCUAGCCAGAUCUGAUGUACAGUCAACCACAUCCCAUUCAUGGAACAAUUCCCAGAUUCACCCUGACCUGCUCAUGAAAUUAAGAGUCCACUGCUGUAAUUUAAUAUUAAAAAAAGUGCCCCAGCAGAAAGUGAAGAAAGAAUUGCCACAAGCAGGCUUUAAAAAUGGGGACAGAGGGGAUUUACAGAAACAGGCCAGCUUCCUUGUUCUGGUUUUGGCCUCCAGAUUUAUAACCAGAUGAUUAUUCAGCACAGCUUCCUCCUCUGUGCUUGGAGCUGAAGGAGCAUGAGUUGGACUGCAGCUCCCAGCCAGAAGCUCCAGCUUGGGCCAUGCAGCUGCUGUUAGAAUAUCCACAUUUCUCACUGUUUUAGGCCAGGGAUGGAGAACUUUUCACCUUCCAAUGUUAUUAAGACUCCCAUCAAUGCUGACCAUGGGCUAGGCCAGUUUCUGGGCCUGAUGGGAGUUAAGAGUUCAGCAGGCCUGGAGUUUAGGACAUGCAAGCCAGGUAGUCAGAAGGAAUAUAAAUACAAAUUGUGCCUAUCACCUUUUUAAGCUGUUUUGCUUGCUUCCACCUGCCCCCCAAAUUUGGAACAUACCUGCCUAUUCUGCCCCACAGAAACAACUUAAGGGUUUGGAUAAAUUCAUUGAGCUUAUUUAUAUUAGUUAUGUAAUGCAACUGUUUUAACAACUACUUAUACCCAGAUCUGGAGAGUGCAAGAGACUUGGAUCUACCUUGUGCUCACCCUGAUAUUGUCCCAGAUAGUCUAGAAAUCGGCUGUGUUGGCAAAUGGAAAGUGAUGUUGGGAAAGGGGACAGUCUUGAAAGAAAGAGAAAGUGAUGGGGAAAGUCAGUGGCUGGGAAUUAAGGUGGUCUAAGGUGAGGGGGAAAGAGGGAGAGGCCUUUCCCUGUGCUUGACUAGGAAGGAAUCAGAGAAUUGUAGAGUUGGAAGGAACCAUGAGGGUCAUCUAGUCCAACCCUUUGCAAUGCAUAAAUCUUUUGUCCAACAUGGGGCCUGGCCCUGGGUUAAGAGUCUCAUGCUUUACAGAUCAAGCUUCCUCAACAAAUGAGGGUCCAUUAAACGGCCCCUGCUGCAUUACCUCCACCUUUUGUGUUUGUUGGGCUCAAGAAUGAGCAUGUCUUGCUUUUCUGUCCUGGGACUGUCGAGUAUCCAAGGAUCACUGAACAGCACAGAUGUAGCACAGAUGGGGUGGCUAAAGUGGGGGAGGCAGAGCCCAUGCUAGACAUUAGGGGGCUUCCUUUGUCUUUGGAUUGGCCAGGCAUUCGAGUACAGAGCUUACCCAUGCAAAGAAAAAAAUAAAAGAUGGGCUUGUGACAAUUAUUCCAAGAGAGAUGCCACCACGUUUCUCAUAGCAGCGGCAUGGUGGUCAACAACCCUUUCUAAAGUAGAGAGAGAGCACAGCUGUGGACAGCGUUGAGUGUUGUGUGGUGAGGCACGAGCAAAGCACAGCGGUGGUGAAAACACGAGGUGGCCAAAGCAGCCAACUCAAGGCCCCUUGCAAGGACUGGGGAGCCUAGAAGCCUCUGAGAAAGCACAACUGCACCUGCUCCCUCUUGCUGGAUCCUCCCCGUCUCCCCAUCCUUAGCCCCUGCAAGGCACAGCAGGGCCUGGUGUUGUCGUUGUUGUACAUAGAGCCACAGCAGUCCCCUCCACCCUCCCCACAGCCCAGACGUCUUAUGUGCGCUUGUGUGGGUGUCACGUUGUAGCCUCCUUAACUCUUAUACUGUCGUAGUAAUAACAGUUUAGUUUCUAACCAACCAACCUUCCUGUGGGUGCCCCCCUCCUCCCUGUCAUGGCCAGAAAUGACAACAGUGACAAUGCGUGAGAAAUGUUUGCAUUUUGCUUUUUAUUUUUAUUUUUGUACAGAGGAAAAAAACCCUUUAAAAUGUCUCUCUCAACUGAUGUUAACUAUUCUGGUGCUGUUAACUUGUUCUUUUUUCUAAUUUAUUUUCCCUACCCCCCCCUUUGCUAGCAGCCCUGGCCUUACCCACCCACCCUCUUUCAUUCUUAAAGUUAAUUAUCCUCUCCCUUCUCCCUUCAUUUAAAAUAGUCACUGCUACAAGUAACGAAUGCACUGUGAAGAUUCCAGUAUUAAUAAAAGUUGUACUGUAAUUAA